GACCCUGACGGAGGCCGUCCUCUGCUCCCCAGUCCUCCUCUUCCCUUCUGAGACCUGCUCACAUCUCAGCAGACGUCUCCAUCAGAAGCCCUGCAGCCUCCUGCAGUGACAUCAGCUCCUGCACAGGACGCUCGCGCUCAGGAAUUCUCUCUCUGAGGAACUUAAAGAAAAAGCUCUGGAUGCGUUCGGGCUCGUGGGAUUUUUGUUUCCACGUCCUCACCUGGAUUUUCUGUGUGGAACAUUUGAAAAAGGACAGUGAAUAGAUGUUCUGAUCUUUGCGAUCUGGGACAAACUGAGGGACAAGAUGUUCUGCUCCAGGAGGCUCCUGCAGCAGUGGUGCUUCGCUCUCUUCCUGCUCUGCUCCCCGGUGCCGCACUUCGGACGUCCCAUCGAUGCCCUGAGCAGCAGAAUAAAACGCUCGGUCACUCACGCUCAGCUGAUGCACGACAAAGGUCGCGCCCUUCAGGACUUUAAGCGCCGCAUGUGGCUGCAGGAGCUUCUGGACGAGGUUCACACGGCCGAGGUCCGGGACCUUCCGGUCCGAACCACCGGGGCAGGGGGGGGCAGCGGCGGGGCCGGAGGGGGGCUGCCGGGCGUCAGCCUGGGCAUCGACCUCAGCACCACCGGCAGCACCCUGCACUCCAAACCCGCCGGAGGAACCAAGAACCUUGCGGUCGCCUUCGGCCUGGAGGACGAGGAAGGAACCAACCUGCCGCAGGAAACCAACAAGUCGCCCACCUUCAAGUCUCCCGGAAAGAAGAAGAAGAAAGGACGAGCCGGGAAGAGGAGGGAGGGAGAGAAGAGGAAGAGGAGGGUGCGCUCUUUAGGCCGGAGGGAGGAGGAGUGGAGGUCUCUGCUCGGCCUGCAGGGGGCGCUGCUUUAAAACGCUGUCACACUGACGAAGAAACGUACGGAGAGUUGGAGCCGACUCCUAAACACUCGUGUUACACUCGUCUGUAAUCGUGAUUGUUUGGAAAGAAAUUGUAAAAUAUUUAUUGUCUGUAAAUAUUCUAAAUAUCGCAGAAUACAUAGCAGAAUAUGAUAAAAAAAACGUAUUGAUGCUCUGUGGGGCGACAGAUUUUAAUCUUUGUGAAUCCUCGCUUUUCUCUUUUUUAUUCCAAUUAUGUCAGAUCUUUUUGCUGUAAUUUAUUUUGUCUGAAUGGUGUAUUUAUUUUGUAAAUGUAUCGAGGUGCUGCUGUCCCUCUAUAUUUUUGUACCAUAAUGCACUUUAGAUAUAUAAAUAUAAAUAUAUAAACCAUGUUCAUUGUUUUUGUGGUUGAUUGAAAUGAAGAAAAAACGACGGUCGUCUUCUGUGUUUCUUUUGUUCUUCGCUCUGUUCAGACGUUUGUUUCUUUGCUGCUGUUGUUCAGAUGUUGUUCAGAUGUUUUGUUCGUUGUCUCGCUGCCGUCAGCGUCUGUUUCCUCCACGACUCGCUCUGCUUCUCAACGCCAAAGUUCAGAUUGUACAUAAACAAACACGGCUGGAUAUUGUUGUUUGUGGCACUUGCACUGAGAUUAACACCCUGUACUGAACGGAUUAAACAUUUGACAGAAGCUGCUCCGUCUCUGUGUCUUCGAUGUCAAAGAACUCAAAUAAAACCUGGUGAAGUGA